AUUGGAGUUAUUGGACAAAGACAAAAAGUCUACUACUUCAAAUUGUGCAGUUGGCAUUUUUCUUUACGACAGAUUCUGCUGCCGGAAUACCAUAAUUUGUUUUAGCAAUGGAUGUAACGAAUGUUGGACAGCUCCAUAACCGCGCUGCGGUUGUGACCUUUGGAGCCCUGCAGGUCUCGAUUGGCAUACUGUUUUUCCUGCUUAACAUUAUCGAUUUGGCAAUCAACGUACCAGGUGUCUUCAUGAACAGCGUGUGGUUUUCUGGCAUAUGGAUGGGUGGCUUUUUCAUUUUAACGGGAUCGUUCGGCAUCGUCGCUGGCCGCUUCUUACCUCCCGGAAUCCCAGCGAGAAGCCGUCAGGGAUUCCUGGUCACCGCUCUGGUCCUCAGCGUUCUGUCAUUGACUAGCACGAUCAUCGUAACUCCGUUUUCGUUCAUAUUUCCAAUACUCGUUGGCCCCUAUGAGCACAAUCAGCUGAUUCCGUUGGGCAUCACGUACUUUACCCUGUACCUGGUCAUGUUCAUCGUUAAUCUCGGACAACUGGUUUCGACGAGCGUCAACAUCCAUAAAUUGCACCCCAGUGCUCCGACUGUCGUUUACAUGGUUAAUGUACCAUCCGGUGUUCCUACCCACCAAUUUAUCACCACCGCCAUCGCGCAACCACAACCGGCGCCCAUUGUUGUGGGUCUUCCGGUACAGCAGCACAAUCCGCCGCCAUAUGUCAUCGAACAAGCUCUGGCGACACAUCCUAAAUUCUGAUUACUUGCAGUAUAAUGCAUAUACGAGCAAUCGCAUAAACCCUGCAAACUUUGCUCGACACUUCAUCAGUUGUAAUAGACACAGUCAAUGAUACAUAGUUUAUGAUAGUUAUACAAUUAACAUUGCUGGUUUGCUCCUAACUUCUUUCAUUCCUUUUCUACUGCUUAUCUUUUUAGCUCUAAAUAGGGCAAUGCCGUUAAAAUAACUAUUUAAAUCUGAAUUAUCUGCUUCAAAAAUUUGCUAUGACAAAAAAUGCAGUACGAAUUGAUUACCGGUACUUCGUCGUUUUUUUACGGUAUCGUAGCAUCAGUGAGCUACAGUCUUCGUCAUGAAUCAAAAGUUACUUCUGCAA